GUGCUGGGACUAGAUUGUGAAUGGGUUAUGGAUAGAGAAAAUAAUAUCACAUAUCCUGUAGCUCUAUUACAAUUAGCUACAUAUCAAGGCCUCUGUAUUCUUAUACGCUUAAACCUAAUGGAGAAUAACAUUCCAAAAUCUUUGUUGAAAAUAUUAAGUGAUAGAAGUAUUCUGAAAUGUGGUGUAGCAGUAAAUGAUGAUGGUAAUAAAUUAUAUAAAGAUUAUGGUAUAACAGUUUCAGGCUGUGUAGAUUUAAGACAUAUCUUACCUAGAGUAAGGGGCAUGUAUCAGUGCAAAUCAAAAGGUUUAAAAGGAUUAUCUGAAGCCAUAUUAGGAUUUUCUAUUUAUAAAGAUUCUACAAUUCGAUGUGGAAAUUGGGAAGCUGAUGUCCUUUCAGAAAAACAGGUUAAGUAUGCAGCUUUAGAUGCCUUAGUUGGAAUAGAUAUUUACACAAAGUUGGUUAUGACCAAAUUAUUGGGUUAUAUUCCUACCAAAAAACAACUUGAAACACAAGUCUACUGUAACCAUGACUAUUUCAUGACAAGUAAAUCAUUAUCACAAGGUUUGGUUGAUGUUCCUUACAAAAGAAAUUUCUAUGAUGGAGAUUCAUUAUCACAAGUAAGAAACAGAUGUCAUUAUCAAACUACUUGUAGCCCUGUUGUUAGGGUGGGGUCUGUGGGGGCUUGGCCCCAGAAAACAAAUCUCACCAGUAAAAAGAAUAAAGUUGAUAGUUUACGAUCAUAUUCCUCACGACAAAGACCUCUCUAUCAUAAUUGUCAGUUAGAGGCACCAGACGGUCAAAUGUUAUGUACUUGUGAUGUUAAAAAAGCUCAAUGGUAUAUAAUGAAAGAUUUAGGAUAUAAGGUGAAAGAUGAUCCUUUAACUGUAAGAUUAAAAUUUGAACCUUCAGGCAGACCAGAAUCUGAGAAUAAUUAUUAUUUACAGUUUAAAGAUAAUAUGUGUGUAGUCUGUGGUAGAUCAGAAUCAUACAUCAGGAAAUUUAUAGUUCCACAAGAAUACAGAAAAUUUUUUCCAUAUCAUAUAAAAGCUCAUACAUCUCAUGAUGUUUUGUUAUUAUGUCCAUCAUGUCAUCAGAUAAGUUCACAAAAUGAUUCCGAAUUCAGACUGACAUUAGUUGAAGAAUGUUCAGCACCAUUAGGAGCAGGAAGUAGUUCCAAAUCUACACAGGACCAUGAACUUCAAAAAAUAAAAGGAGCAGCAAAAGCUUUGGUGUUAAACAAAGACAAAAUACCAGAAAAAAGAGUUGAAGUGUUAGAAUCUGUAGUAAAGGAAUUUUUUAAUGUUGAAGAACUAUCUGAUGAUUUAUUACAUGAAGCUAUGGACAUGGAUAUCAGGGUAUUUAAUGCUUCAUAUGUACCUCAUGCUCAGAAAGUGGUUGAAUAUAUGAAAAAACAUGGUGGUUUAUUAGAAUUCGAGAAAAGAUGGCGAAAACAUUUUGUGGAGAAGAUGAAACCAAAUUAUCUACCUCCUUUUUGGUCUGUUGAUCAUACACAUCAACAAGUUUUAAAAUUAUAUGGAGUAGAUGCUUAG